AUGCAACUGCGCGGAAGUGAGGCGACGCGCGCAACGUGCAACGGUGCGGCGGACACUGCUUUCAGGUCCCGCUCCAAAGCUCCUGCGAAGCGUCGGUGUUCCCAUUGCGAGAAAAGUCCCGCGAUUUUCCCGAAGCGCCGUCGGGAGAAUCGGCAGAGCCGCGCUGCACUUUGGGGAGAAUCGGCUUCCGGCGGCGGGGAAGCGGCGGCGGGUGGGGCCCACUGCGAAACGCAUCGCGGGGUGCUCAGUCACCUGCAGUCGUCCAUCGCGACCGGUCGUCCCGCGCAGCCGAGCCUCCCAGAGGCCACAUCCACCAAGCUGGCGGACCCCGUGCUGGCCGUGGUCAUAUCCGUGCUUGUCACCCUAGUGCUCCUGUCGGUCUUCUACGUGUGGUACUGCGCGCUGGUCAAAAAUGAGCCUCCCCCCGCGCUCUACGAGAACCUGUUGAUCCACCUGUUGCCUCGGCCCACAGCGGUAUGGGCCGAGGCAAUACUGUUGAAAAGUGUACCAUUUAAGCUCGCAUCCGAACCUCAAUCCAUCCAAUUAUUAACGUUCAAACUAGCGAGAGAUACACCUGAAAUUACGGGACCGCAGUCGGGAAAACUCCUUGGUAGCGUGGACGAAUUCGAGAUCAGAGUGGCUGUUAAGUGGCGCGCAGGGUCAUCCGCGAGCGGAAAUGCCUCGAAAAAGGAAGAGGCUUACUGGUUUUCAGAUAGGCAUGAGUGGAAAAAACGUAAGUUAGAAACAAUGGGUAGUACUGUAACCGGUAAUGAUUGCGACUUGCGCAGCUCGCGUGGCCUUGACAAGGUGCGCAGAAACAUGCGCCGUGGUGGUUUAUGGCGGCGAAAGCGGGUGUUGGCGGGGGGGAUCCGGCAAUCGAUUGCCGGCGCUGACGUGGCGGGAAACGACGCAGUUUCCAUCCACCAACUCCCCCCCACUCUGCAGGGUGACCUGUGCUCACUCACCGCCCCCCCUCCCGCCCCUCCCGUG